AGAUACCACCAGAUGAACUCAAACAGUGCGCUUUAGCCUAUGUUCCACGUUGGUGGAAUAAGGGAGUGGUGGUGGGUGUGUCCGUGCUCUAUAAAUGCCACGUGCUCGUUCCGGAGGUGUCACAACGGGAUUGAACCAUUUCCAUUUCCCCAAAUCCACAGAUAUUUUAGCGGGAUAUGACACUUCUUACCAACCUAACCGUCAUGCUGGUUAUUGCCUGCAUAUCUCAGCAGUUUAUGGUGACUAACUGUCAAGGAUCCAAAAAAAGGGGGAUGAAGAAGAAAGAAAACCAGGGACCAAAGGACGGAGAGCAACCAAAGCCACCCGUCCAAUCUCCAGAUAAGAAAAACAGCAGCCCCAAAGGAAAUGUGUUCAAGGGCAAAUUCUCCGCCAAAAACAAGACGCAAUGCACUUGGGUUGCGACAGGUGACGAUGCCUUUGUGCUUAGCGUGAACUGUAAAAAAGGGCAAACAAGUUUCGACUGCGAAUAUGUGGCCAAACCAGCCACUUGCCCUGGGUACGUGUCCAACACCAAAGCCUAUUGGAAACAGAUUGCGCGCGCUCUAAAGAAAAAUAAGAAUUUAUGCUUUGACUCAACGGCUUUGAUUAAAGCAGGUAUGUGCAGAAAAGCUCCCAAGGACGCGCAUUUCAAACUUAACUACACACCCAGAGAUGUUGUUACACUUCCGAUGACUACAAUUCAGCCGCGUUCCUCUCUCUCUGCCUCUUCAUUCGGUGCCAAAUCUUGCGCAGUUGAUCAAAAGAGACUGGCGGAAGAAUAUUGCGCGGCUUCCUGGUCGAGUUUGUGUACUUUCUUUUUUUCCAUGGUCCAGAAUGAUGAUUGCUGAGAGUAUAAAUGUAUUUAAAUUUCCUCUCUCCCCAUUGAUUUAGUCAUAAACAAAAUUGACACGUGUUACUCCUCGGAGAUGUGUGCAUUUUGAUGGAUUGUGAUGGAUCAUUUUAUUUAAAAUAUCAAGACUGAUUGAGUUUCAAGAUUGAUUGUCUCAUACCACCCAUACCAAUUUUCCUUUUUUACCAUGUGUUGUAUUCAUUGUAAAGCCACAGUACUUAAUAAAUAUGUUUUCUAUGUA